AAACAUUUGUCUGAAUUUAGUUAUCCAAACGAUGUCUAUGAUCGCUACUGGUGGACUGAACAAUCUGAAAGUUUGAUUCCAGUUUCCUCCGACUCCACCAUCUACACCCACAGAACUGAUAAUGCUUAUGAAUUACCAGCUCAAGUGUUAAAGACGGCUUCCAAAGCACGGAACGCGAGCAUUCCAUUGCAAGUUUCCUGGACCCCGCUAGACACACUUUCUAAAUUUUAUGUUUACCUUCACUUUGCUGAGAUAGAGAAACUUGAACCUGGCCAGCAGAGGGAAUUGACAAUUGACUUGAACGGUGAGCGCAAUCUCGCAGAAUCUGUUAAACUUGAUUAUCUAAAACCACUCACAAUAGUCCAAGAUGAUCCGCCAAUUAGCGGUACUGGCGAGACACUAUACUUCUCAAUAAAAGCGGCUCAAGGGACUACGAUUCCUCCAAUCCUCAACGCCUAUGAGAUUUAUCGGUUCGUAGAGCUACCAAAUAAACCAACUGCCCCAGACGAUGGUAUGCUUUCUUUCUUCACUUUUUUAUUUUCCUUGUCUGAAUUAUAUAUGUGCUGUGCGUAUGUGAGGCCGGAGUUGAUCACAUGGGCCGGAGAGUUGGUUCAAAAAGUGCACGAAAUGCACCAAUACCACUAGCAUCCAUUUGGUGUCCCUUCAUGAUGGGUGCGGUGCAACUCUUCCAAGAUCACGGCCUUUAAUUUAGUGGUUGCAACUCAAAUAGUUGCAUCCCUUUGCUGUGAACUGAUACUCCUCCCAUAGGAAACUUAUAGCCAUGGGAGAAUUACAUGCACGGGUUGCACACUAUUAUGCUUUUUCGGUACUUUUUUAUGGUUUCUUUUUUCAUCUCAAGUUCUCCCCCUCCGUCUCUCCCACUUUAUAUUUUUCAAUCAUUUUCUAUUGAUUCUUGUUUUUCCAUCAAAAA